AUGAGUCAGGGACCCAAGGGUGCGGUGCGGUGGGGUGGAGGUAAUGAUGGGGCCCUGCCCCGGCCUUUCCACCCUGGCCCUGGAAUGCAGCUGCUUCUGGAAGGGGUGUCUGGCAACGCCUUGGGGGCUCCUUCCCUCCCUCUCUCCCAGAGCCCUCCAUUGUUCCUCUUUCGAAGGCCUCACUUCCUCCUCCUCCUUCCCCUCUCCAGCUGCUGCUUCGCAGGGCCGGGGCUGGCUGGGCAGGAAGCUCGUGGCAGGUGUUUGGGGGGAAGAGGGGAGGGAGCAGGAGCCGAGCGAGGCAGCUGGCAGCACCUGUGCCCGAGGGGAGAAUGGCCCUUGUCAGGAGCAGCCCAUCUCCUUGCACCGCCCCUGCCCCCAGCCUUCUUUCUUUUCUGCCCUCACUUUGGGGCUCCCCCACCGCUCGCCUGCUGGCAGGAUGCUGCAGUGAUUCUCCUCUGGCCCUUUGUCCCCCCUCAGCCUGGUCUCCAGCAUAUCCCCGAAGCUGCCGCCCUCCACCUUCCAAAAAGAAGCUGGGACGAGGAGGGGGAAGGGCGGAGGGGCCCUUGGGCUGCUGCCCAGGAGAGGUGUCUCGGUCUGCCUCCUGACUCAGCCCCUUCUCUCUCCCAGGAAGAGGAAAUCCCUGAGCUGGAGAUCGAUGUAGAUGAGCUUUUGGACAUGGAGAGUGACAGCGCCCGGGCCGCCCGAGUCAAGGAGCUGCUGGUUGACUGUUACAAACCCACCGAGGCCUUCAUCUCUGACCUGCUAGACAAGAUCCGAGGAAUGCAGAAGCUGAGCACACCCCAGAAGAAGUGAGGCCCCGCCCCCCACCUUAACCCCUUGACUAGGGCGAGAGGUGGGGGCUACCCACCAGGACAAUCGCUGCCCACCCUACUGCCCCUGACCUCGUAGCAACAGCAAUACUUGAGGGGGGGGCCCUACUGCCUGGGCCUGGUGCCCCGCAGAGGGCCCCUCAAGCCCCUGCUUGGGGCCUUUCUCCCUGCUCCCCCGAGUUUCCGUUUGGGGUUUUUUAUUGUUAUUAAGCUGAGGGACUUUUUGUGUUUUUAUAUCGACAGCCGUACAGGCCCUUGAAUAAAGCCAGGGCCUGCCUUUUGUGCA